AUGGCGCCUCCCCGUCUCGCUGUCGCCCUCGCCACCUUCGCUUUGCUCUGCGCAGCGGCUGCUGGUCAGGACGACAAGAUCUUGCGGCCGUGGCCGCCUGACUGCUCGACGGCGGACAACUACACGGCCGACAGCCAGUACAAGAAGAACCUGGACCAGCUUCUCGCCGCGCUCCCGGCGGCGGCCGGCGACAACGGCUGGUUUUACGAGGGCAGCGUCGGGACAGGCGCCGACAGGGUGUACGGCCUCAUCAUGUGCUACGCCGACUACAACGCGACGGCGUGCAUGGACUGCCUCUCCAGGGCGCCCGCGGGGAUCACGACGGUGUGCCCGGGCAGCCGGAGCGUUCGCGCCAUGUACGACGCGUGCACCCUCCGGUACUCGGCGGCGCCGAUCCCGGCCACCGCGGACCUCGCCGUCUUGUAUAUCGUGUACCUGACCUUCCCCGAGGUGGCCGUCACCUCGGAGGGCGUGCGGGCAGCCUGGGUGCCGCUGAUGAGCGAGCUCACGGGCGGCGCCGCCGCCUCGCCGCUGCGGCUCGCCAGCGGCAGCACGCCGUACUCGAGCUCGCAGUCCUCGCAGGAGAUGUACGGGCUGGCGCAGUGCAGCAGGGACCUCAACGCCAGCGAGUGCUCGCGCUGCGUCAGCAGCUACGUCGGCCAGCUGGGGAAGCUGUUCCCCAACAACAGCGGCGGCGUCAUCAAGGGGUACAGCUGCUACCUGCGCUACCAGGUGGCGGCGCUCGACAUCACCCUGCCGCCGGCGCCGGCGCCGGCGACGCCGCCGCCAGCUGGAGGACCUUCAUCAUCUUCCAAGACUGGGAUCGUGGUUGGUGUGUCCGUCGGCUCCGUCUCGAUCUUGAUACUUCUGGGCUUCUCCAUGUGGCUCCUUCUCCGGCGGCGACGGCGGAAGGAGGCUAACCUCCACGAGGAAACGAGGGCGAUGGAAGACGAGUUCGAGAAAGGGUCAGGGCCAAAGCGGUUUCGCUACGGCGAGCUCGCCGUUGCCACGGACAACUUCUCGGACAAGUACAAGCUCGGAGAAGGCGGGUUCGGAUCGGUGUACAGAGGGUUCCUGAAGGAGAUGAACCUUCACGUCGCCAUCAAGAGGGUGUCCAAGGGCUCCAACCAAGGAAGGAAAGAGUACGCGUCGGAGGUGAGGAUCAUCAGCCGGCUGAGGCACCGCAACCUCGUGCAGCUCAUCGGCUGGUGCCAUGGCGGCGGCGACCUCCUCCUCGUCUACGAGCUGAUGCCCAACGGCAGCCUCGACAAGUAUCUGCACAGUGCAGAUAACAAAUUAUCGUGGCCACUCAGGCACAAGAUCGUGCUGGAGAUCGCCUCGGCGAUUCUUUACCUGCACCAAGAGUGGGAGCAGUGCGUGCUUCACAGGGACAUCAAGCCGAGCAACGUGAUGCUGGACGCGUCCUUCACCGCCAAGCUCGGCGACUUCGGGCUUGCCAGGCUCGUCGACCACGCCCGAGGAUCACACACCACGGUGGCCGCCGGCACGUUGGGGUACAUGGACCCGGAGCGCAGGGCCAGAGGCAGGGCGAGCGCCCGGUCCGACGUCUACAGCUUCGGCGUCGUCCUCCUCGAGGUCGCCUGCGGCCGGAGCCCCGCCGUCGUGCUCGACGACGGCGCCGUGAUCCACCUGGCGUGGCACGUGGCCGAGCUCCACGGCCAGGGGAGGGUCCUCGCCGCCGCCGACCCACGGCUGAACGGCGAGUUCGAUGCCCGGGAAAUGGAGAGCGUGCUCGUGGCCGGGCUCUGGUGCACGCUGGAUGACCGGAGAUUGAGGCCAUCCAUCAGGCAGGUCGUCGGCGUGCUGCGGUUGGAGCUGCCGCUGCCGAGGCUCCCUAUGAGGACGCCGGCGGCAACCUACAAGCCACCGCCGGCGGCUGGCUUGUUAAACACUGAUCAAUCUUCUGUUGGGACAAACGGGGUCGUCUCUGAAAUGUCAUCAAGCUAUUACUCUCUCCAUCAGCAAAUAUAAGGGAUCCUAAGUUUGGUCAAAUUUGUGGAGAAGGGAAUUAACAUUUGCCCCAUCAAAGAAGUAAACUAUACACACUCUAUUUCAAAUUGCAGGUAGUUUUAGAUUUUCUAUGUUCAUAGAU